UUGUUUAUAUUCAAUAUUUAUAGAAUGUCCCUUUUCUGUUCAGACAGAAAAUGUCUUGAAUAUGCAUACACAUGGUUGAUAUGUUCCAAGGAGUGCAUGAGUUUGUAGUUUUGCAUUUAAAAGAAGCAUACGAAAGUGAGGAAUUCAGAAUUGGAUAUACAGGAAAAGUCUGAUUUUUUACUUGUGAUUAGGCACUCGGCAUGAUAUCUGUUGAUAGUUUUGCAUUUGCUACACUUUUAGGAACCUCUUUCGUGUCAACAAUAUUGAACAUGAAUGUCCUCUUGUGGUUGCCUUAUGUUAGUAGUGGCACAAAAUUAUAGUCGUACCCCGGCUAACUACUAUGUGUUAUUCUUUGUAGUGGAGCAGCGGAAACAGCCCAAUUUAAGAGGUUUACCCUCUGCUGUGGUACAAUAUAACUCCUGGAAAGGUGGGGGCUUGAUUGCUGUUAGCUAUGAGGCCCGUAAAUAUGGUGUGAAGCGUUCAAUGCGAGGAGAUGAGGCAAAGCAAGUCUGCCCACAAAUUCAGUUGGUCAAAGUCCCGGUCGCUCGUGGUAAAGCUGAUCUGAACACUUACCGCAAUGCGGGUUCAGAGGUGGUUUCUGUUCUUGCAAGGAAGGGUCGAUGUGAGAGGGCUUCUAUUGAUGAAGUGUAUCUUGACCUUACUGAUGCAGCAGAAACAAUGUUAGCAGAAAAUCCUCCAGAGAGCUUGGAAGUAAUUGAUGAGGAAGCUGUUAAGUCACACAUUUUGGGACUUAAUAAUGAGGAUGGAAAUGAUGCCAAAGAAAAUGUGAGGGAAUGGCUUUGUAGGAGUGAUGCUGAUCGCCGUGAUAAGCUACUGGCUUGUGGGGCCUUGAUUGUUGCAGAACUUAGGAUGCAAGUGUUGAGGGAGACUGAAUUUACAUGUUCUGCUGGCGUUGCUCAUAAUAAGAUGCUGGCCAAACAUGCAAGUGCUAUGAAUAAACCUGCACAACAAACUGUUGUUCCCUUCUCAUCUGUGAAAGGAUUACUUGAGUCUUUGCCAAUUAAGAAAAUGAAACAGCUUGGAGGAAAGCUUGGAACUGCUUUACAAAGUGACUUGGGUGUGAACACUGUUGGUGAUCUGCUGCAAUUUUCAGAAGAGAAGCUACAAGAGCAUUAUGGCAUCAACACAGGUACUUGGUUAUGGAAUAUUGCAAGAGGAAUCAGUAGGGAAGAAGUUCAGGGGCGCCUUCUUCCCAAGAGUCAUGGUUCUGGGAAGACAUUUCCUGGUCCUCGGGCUCUGAAGACAAUUUCUUCUGUUCAACACUGGCUCAAUGAACUUUGUGAAGAACUUGGUGAACGCCUUCGCUCCGACUUGGAUCAAAAUAAACGGAUUGCUCACACACUAACUCUGCAUGCUAGAGCAUACAAAUCCAAUGACUCAGAUUCACAUAAGAAGUUCCCUUCCAAGUCUUGUCCCCUAAGGUAUGGGACUGUCAAGAUCCAAGAAGAUGCCCUCAACUUAUUUCAAGCUGGACUACGUGAAUAUGUGGGCUCAUACAAAUCUAAGACUCAAGGAAGUCAAUACAAUGGUUGGGGUAUAACAUCCCUUUCUGUUUCAGCGAGUAAAAUCGUUGCCAUACCAUCUGGAACAUCUUCAAUUAUGAAAUACUUUCAUGGCCAGUACUCAUCCAACUCUUUGUCAAAGCAAUCACAGGAUAACUUCAUCCAUGAUGCUGCACCCUUGUCACCCUCAGGAAGUGAAAGCUAUUCGGAUUUGAUUUUAACUGAGCCACAGAUUGAGUUCCAUGGAGAAGAAACUAAGAUUAAGUAUGAUGUUACUAGUCUGGAUGAACAGGAAGACAAAAAGAAUAUUUGGAAAGAACAGGAUCCAUCUUGUUUGUCACCACAACGGAUGCAAAAUGGUAUUAUCCAAGAAACUCCGCAGUCGUUGCCUUCAGGUAUUUGUCUAGGAGGUGCAAGUGGUUUAGAGAUUAUAAGUCAAAGUGAGCAACAAAGAGAAAUCCCUGAGGAAGAACCUGGGGUUAAAUAUUCCGUGCCUAGUUUUGAUCAAGUUGUGCAGAAAAGAAACACAUCAAAAGAGAAGGGAGCAACUUCAAUAUUGAGGUUCUUUAAGAGUUGUGAUCCCUCUUGUUCCUCAAGGAAGCAGGAGCAUGUUGAAGCUGUCCAAAAUGUUGAAGCAGCAUCAUCUGUCGGCUUUCAGUCUACAAGUAGUAUACGAUCAGACCCAAAUCAAGUCGAACCAAAAGAAAUUGUUCUUGAGGUGACCGGGACUAACAGUAGCAGGUCUAGUUCAGCUCAUAUUGAACAACAAAGGGAAGCAUGGGGUUACAAAGUUGAUGAGAUUGAUCCCUCUGUGGUUGAUGAAUUACCACCAGAUAUUCAGGAAGAAGUUCGGGCCUGGAUCAGGCCUCAUAAGCGGCCUAAUGUAGUCAAAAGGGGCUCCAGUAUAGCUCAUUAUUUCUUACCAGCCAAAAAUAGAUGAGAGUACUAAUGACACCAUACUGUACUUAGGUUCGUUAUCUAUCAAGCUAGAAAAACAUAGUGUUUAUUGAUUUUAUGGAUUUAUUAAAUAGCUUGGGAAACCUGAAAAUGUCAUGCAUUCAAGGCUAGCCCUAGAAGUGCUCUGUGUGUACAUAUACAAUUUUAUCAUUCUUACAAUGAGUAGUGUUACUUUUCACGUUCA